AUGUUAUACUUGUAUUCAGGUGACAAGGCCGACUGUUGCUCCACCCAUCUCAUAGAUGGAGAUGGUACUUUCAACGCAGCAGGACUUGACAGUUUCAUGAAGGCAGUAAAACUUGCCGAAUGCGGGCUUUCUUAUGCUGUUGUCUCUAUCAUGGGCCCACAAAGUAGCGGGAAGAGCACACUUCUAAAUCAUCUAUUUCAUACCAACUUCAAGGAAAUGGAUGCAUUCAAGGGAAGGUCUCAGACCACCAAAGGUAUUUGGAUGGCUAGAUGUGCUGGUAUUGAACCUUGCACCAUUGUAAUGGAUCUUGAGGGUACUGAUGGAAGAGAACGAGGAGAGGAUGAUACUGCAUUUGAAAAACAAAGUGCACUUUUUGCACUUGCUGUUUCAGACAUAGUGCUUAUAAACAUGUGGUGCCAUGAUAUUGGUCGUGAGCAUGCUGCGAAUAAGCCUCUACUGAAAACUGUAUUCGAGGUCAUGAUGCGAUUAUUUAGUCCACGGAAAACAACUUUGAUUUUUGUCAUACGUGAUAAAACAAGAACUCCUCUGGAAAAUUUAGAGCCUGUCUUGAGAGAAGAUAUCCAGAAGAUAUGGGAUUCUGUUCCCAAGCCAGAAGCCCACAAACAAACUCCAUUGAGUACAUUUUUCAACAUUGAAGUCGUUGCUCUCUCUAGUUUCGAGGAGAAGGAAGAACAAUUCAAAGAGCAGGUUGCCAAUUUGAGGCAACGAUUCUACCAUUCUAUUGCACCUGGAGGGCUUGCUGGUGAUCGGCAGGGAGUUGUUCCUGCUUCAGGGUUUUCCUUUAGUGCAGAACAGAUCUGGAAAGUUAUCAAGGAGAAUCGAGACCUUGACCUGCCUGCUCACAAGGUGAUGGUGGCCACUGUGCGCUGUGAAGAAAUUGCUAAUGAGAAGUACUCUGCCUUUGUUGCAAACAAGGAAUGGUGCGAACUAGAGGAUGCUGUGAAGUCUCAAUUGGUGCCAGACUUUGGGAAGAAGCUUAGUUCAAUGCUUGAAACUUGUUUUUCAGGCUAUGAUGACGAGACUACAUUUUUUGAAGAAGGAGUUAGGAUGUCAAAGCGAAAGCAGAUGGAAGAGAAAUUGUUGCUACUUGUGCAACCGGCCUACCAAUCAACCUUGGAACACAUGAGGUCUGAGACAUUGGAAAAAUUCAACAAAGCAUUUGACAGCGCUUUGAGUGAAGGAAAAGGGUUUGCAACUGCUUCUCGUAAUUGCAAAACGUCGGUCAUGAAACUAUUUGAUGAACAAUGUAAAGAUGCCAUCAUCAAACAAUCUGAGUGGGACUCAUCUAAAGUAAGGGAUAAGCUUUCAGAAGAUAUUGAUGCACAUAUUGCUGAUGUUCGUAAUGCGAAGCUAUCCGAUCUUUCUACACAAUAUGAGUCGAAACUAAAGGAGUCAUUGAAUGGACCAGUGGAAGCUCUUCUACAAGCAGCCAAUGAUGAUACUUGGCCUGCAAUAAGAAAACUUUUUAAACGUGAGACUGAAGCUGCUGUCGCCGAGUGUUCUGCUGCACUUUCUGGCUUUGAAAUGAAUGAAGACUCCAAAAAGGAUUUCCUUUCGAAAUUAAGGAAUCAUGCAAGAGAUAUAGUUGAAAAUAAGGCUAAAGAAGAAGCUGGCAGAGUUCUAUCUCUCAUGAAAGAAAGGUUUACAACCAUAUUUAAUCAUGAUAACGAUCAAAUGCCUCGGGUUUGGACCGGAAAGGAAGAUAUCCGAGCAAUUACUAAAACAGCUCGCUCUUCUUCUUUAAAGUUGCUAUCUGUGAUGGCUGCAAUUCGUUUGGAUGGAGAUGCUGUUGAUAGGAUUGCAGAGACACUUGUUCUUACUCUAUUGGAUGCAAAGAAGGUCGAUAAGAGCUCCACUGCAAAUGAUCCAUUGGCCUCAAGCACAUGGGAAAAGGUCCCAGCGUCAAGGACGUUAAUUACUCCUGUUCAGUGCAAAUCAAUUUGGGGCCAAUUUCAAAGAGAGACAGAGUAUACCGUCACUCAAGCUAUUACUUCCCAGGAAGCUAACAAGCGAAGCAGCAACUGGUUACCACCUCCAUGGGCUAUUAUGGCCUUGUUUGUUCUGGGAUUCAAUGAAUUCAUGACACUUUUGAGGAAUCCUUUGUAUAUGAUUUUGAUUUUCGUCACGUUUUUGCUUCUGAAAGCUUUGUGGGUUCAACUAGACAUAGGCGCUGAAUUCCGACAUGGUUUUCUUCCAGGAAUUCUCUCGUUAUCCACGAAGCUUCUUCCCACCAUCCUCAACCUUAUGAGAAAACUCUCGGAGCAAGGACAAAGGCCCAACAAUCCCCAAAUCGACCGUCCACACGCCUCCUAGUAUCAAGGAGCUUCCUCAGUGUAGCGGUCAAUAACAUUUCAUUUAAGGUAAUUUUACCAAAUGAAACUUAAACCAUCGACCCGUAUGCACAUGUGAAUAUUAGUGAUAAUGAACUUCUCCCACGCAUGCCGAAUUGAUCGACUUUGUGAAUACAAUUCAUUUUGGGUUUUCUGAAGCAUCCAAUCACAUAUAUAAACAAAAGCCCAUUCGUAUUAUUAGGCGACCGUGCUUAGAAUUUUCUUUUCGGUUUUUUCGCCAUAUAUAGAUACUCCAUAUACAUGUUUAUUUUUCUUUGGUUAUCUUGUAAGAAAACCCUAUAUAGUAAGGUCUCACCCUUACUUGAGUCUUUUAGUGUAUGCAUUAUGUAUCUAUUUUACUUGUAUUUAUGAAGU